GUCCCUUUCUAGAAAGAAGAGGAAAUGACUGAGUCCCAGGGAACAGUGACAUUCAAAGAUGUGGCCAUUGCCUUCACUCAGGAGGAAUGGAAGCAAUUGGACCCUGCUCAGAGGAACCUGUACCGGAAUGUGAUGUUAGAAAACUAUAACAACUUAAUCACAGUAGGCUAUCCAUUCACCAAACCUGAAGUAAUUUUCAAGUUGGAGCAAGAAGAAGAACCAUGGGUGGUAGAAGAAGAAGUAUUUAGGAGACACUGUUCAGGAGAAAUAUGGGGAACUGAUGAGCAUCAGAAAACCCAGGACAGACUUUUGAGACAAGUUUUCAAGAAUACACUCACUGAAGAAAAAGUCAAUGAAUAUCCUAAGAAAUUUGCAAAUGCAUUUACUCCAGACUCAGAUUUUAUUCCUACCAGACACAAUCUCUAUGAAUAUGACUUGUUUGGAAAGUGUUUAGAACAUAAUUUUGACUGUCAUAAUAAUAUGAAAUGCCUUAUAAGAAAGGAACAUUUUGAAUAUAAUGAAGCURUGAAAUCUUAUGACAAUAAGUCAUCUCUCCUUGUAGUAACCCCCUUUAAGUGUAAUCAUUGUGGAACAGGCUUUAGUCAAACUUUGGACCUCAUCAGACACCUAAGAAUUCAUACUGGAGAGAAAUCCUAUGAAUGUAACAAAUGUAGAAAAGUCUUCAGUCACAAGGAAAAACUAACUAAACAUCAUAAAAUUCAUAGUAGGGAACAGUGUUUUGAAUGUAAUGAAUGUGGGAAAGUUUUCAUUAAAAUGUCAAAUCUCAUUAGACACCAAAGAAUUCAUACUGGAGAGAAGCCCUAUGCAUGUAAGGAAUGUGGGAAAUCCUUCAGCCAGAAAUCAAAUCUCAUUGAUCAUGAAAAAAUUCAUACUGGGGAGAAACCUUAUGAAUGUAAUGAGUGUGGAAAAGCCUUCAGCCAGAAGCAAAGCCUCAUUGCACAUCAGAAGGUUCACACUGGRGAGAAACCUUAUGCAUGUAAUGAAUGUGGCAAAGCCUUCCCUCGAAUUGCAUCCCUUGCUCUUCAUAUGAGAAGUCAUACGGGGGAAAAACCUUAUAAGUGUGAUAAAUGUGGAAAAGCCUUCUCUCAGUUUUCAAUGCUUAUUAUACAUGUGAGAAUCCAUACAGGUGAGAAACCCUAUGAAUGCAAUGAAUGUGGAAAAGCCUUUUCUCAGAGUUCAGCCCUUACUGUACAUAUGAGAAGUCACACAGGUGAGAAACCCUAUGAAUGUAAGGAAUGUAGAAAAGCCUUCAGCCACAAGAAAAACUUCAUUACACACCAGAAAAUUCACACUAGAGAGAAACCUUAUGAAUGUAAUGAAUGUGGGAAAGCUUUUAUUCAGAUGUCAAAUCUUGUCAGACACCAGAGAAUUCAUACUGGAGAAAAACCCUAUAUAUGUAAGGAAUGUGGCAAAGCUUUUAGCCAGAAGUCAAAUCUUAUUGCUCAUGAAAAAAUUCAUUCUGGAGAGAAACCCUAUGAAUGUAACGAAUGUGGUAAAGCCUUCAGCCAAAAGCAAAACUUUAUUACACAUCAGAAAGUUCAUACUGGAGAGAAACCUUAUGACUGUAAUAAAUGUGGAAAAGCCUUCUCUCAAAUUGCAUCCCUUACUCUUCAUUUGAGAAGUCACACAGGGGAAAAGCCUUAUGAAUGUGAUAAGUGUGGGAAAGCCUUCUCUCAGUGCUCACUGCUUAAUUUACAUAUGAGAAGUCAUACUGGUGAGAAGCCCUAUGUAUGUAAUGAAUGUGGAAAAGCAUUCUCUCAGAGAACGUCCCUUAUCGUGCAUAUGAGAGGUCACACAGGUGAGAAACCUUAUGAAUGUAAUAAAUGUGGAAAAGCCUUCUCCCAGAGCUCAUCCCUUACUAUACAUAUACGAGGUCAUACGGGGGAGAAACCCUUUGACUGUAGUAAAUGUGGAAAAGCCUUCUCUCAGAUCUCAUCCCUUACUCUCCAUAUGAGAAAACAUACAGGUAAAAGCCCUAUCACUGCAUUGAAUGUGGUAAAGCUUUCAGCCAAAAGUCACACCUUGUUAGACACCAGAGAAUCCAUAYUCAUUAGGUUCCCUGUGGUAUGGGAAAGCCUUCAAAGGAAGGAACACCUCAUGGCACAUUACAUGACUGAUUCUAGAGCAGAGAACUAGGAAUGUUGGAAACCCUCAUGAAGACGUCAUGAAUUUAUGAAACAUUAGAGAAUUCUUUCCAAGGUGACCUAUUGGAGGAAAAAGCUGACUGUCAAAACCUUCAGCAGACACCUUACUUAUUGAUAAUAACGUUCUCAUUUAAAUCUGAAGAAAAUAUCUGCUUUCAGAAUAUCAGCAUUAUAGUUGAGCUCAGCAGUACACUAAGCAAGAAAAAGAAGAUAGAUGGAGGGUAAUAAAAACUAUAAAAUAACAUUUUAUAUAAGAAAUAGUUCAGUAGAAAAUGUGUUGAUAACAAAUAUCUAAGAAUAACACAAUCAUGAGUAAUGAGGCAUUUAUAUCUACAAAGUUAUAAACCAUGUUGAAGGGGCACAAAAUAACACUUGAAAGUGGAGGGAAAUGAAAUUAUGUCUGAAAAGACUUGACAUUUGUAAGAAUGCAAGUUCUCUCUCAACUCUCUAAUGUACUUUCACUCAAAACUUACACCAGUUAUAUUUUAAAGAAUUUCACAAACUGAUUUUAAAAUUCUAUAUGGAUGGUAAAGGUCCACACUCAGCUGCAACAAACCCAAACAUCUAGAAAAGGAUACACUCUACUACUAUAUAUCAUCAUGUGCUUUACUUAAAGCUGUUGUCACUUAAACAGUAUCAUUGAAACAAAUUAAGGAUUUAUCCAGAAUUCCAAGAAGAUAUGGGAAUUUUAUGUAUGACAAUUCUAUUGAAAUCAUUGGGGUAAGGAUGACCUGUUCAUAAAUGGAAGAUUUGCAUGAGCAAGUUAGCUCUCUCCCUUAUACCAUAUACAAAAAUAGAACCCAGAUGUAAAAAGUAAAACUCUAAAACUAUGUUGAAUAUAUUAAAGUAAUAGGAUUUUUUCAAAUCACAAACAUGGAACAAUCAAUUCUCUUUUGUUAUACCAGCCCCCAAAGCACCCACAGAUGUGUACAAAGGGAUCGAUCACUGUUCACUGCAUCAUGGCUUGGAUUACCCUAAAUUGGACUUUAACAUAUAAAUCUCCCUCAAGAGAUGGAUAGAUCAAUACAAUGUGUUCAUUUCUAUGAUAUAAUGCUACACAAUAUUUAGCGAGGAGAUACAAAAUUCACAUAUAGUUACGUGGGCUGAUCAUAAUUUUAAUAGAGAAAAAUGCAAACUGCAACGAAACCUGGUAUAACAUUUGUAUAAUUAAACAGUGCAAGGGACAGUACUGUAUGUUGAUCAUGGGUCCAUAUACGCUAUCGGUUGCCUUUUGAGAUGUGGAAAGGUUUUCUGGGAGUUGUUACACUGAUCUGUAAUAUUUCUUAAUAAAAGA